AUGUGGCGUAGAGGCUGGCGAGGGUGGGAGACAAACAAACAUGGAGGCCAUCUUCCACGAGAGGAAGGCUCGCUAUGUGCCCAGCACUGUCUGAAUAACUUGCUACAGGGGGAAUAUUUCAGUCCUGUGGAGUUGUCUUCUAUUGCACAGCAACUAGAUGAAGAAGAGAGGAUAAGGAUGGCCGAGGGAGGGCUCUCUAGCGAAGAAUAUAGGACAUUUUUACAGCAGCCUUCUGGAAAUAUGGACGACAGUGGUUUCUUCUCUAUUCAAGUUAUAAGCAAUGCCUUGAAAGUUUGGGGUUUAGAACUAAUCCUCUUCAACAGCCCAGAGUAUCAGAGGUUCGGGAUCGACCCUAUAAAUGAAAGAUCUUUUAUUUGUAACUAUAAGGAACACUGGUUUACAGUUCGAAAGUUAGGAAAACAGUGGUUCAACUUGAACUCUCUCUUAACGGGUCCAGAACUAAUAUCUGAUACUUACCUUGCACUUUUUCUGGCUCAGUUACAACAGGAAGGUUAUUCUAUAUUUGUUGUAAAGGGUGACUUACCAGAUUGUGAGGCUGAUCAAUUAUUGCAAAUGAUUCGGGUGCAGCAGAUGCAGCGGCCAAAAUUGAUUGGGGAAGACACACUGCAAACAAGAGAUCAGAGGAUACAAAAGGCAGACCUUGAACAAGCCUUAGAUGUUAGCCAACCAUUUGAUGGGACGGGCGUGGUAGAUGAAGAUGAAGAGAAUUUCCAAAAAGCUCUUGCUCUCAGCAGGCAGGAAAUUGAUAUGGAGGAUGAAGAAGCGGAUCUCCGUAGAGCCAUUCAACUAAGUAUGCAGGGCGGCCAUCGGACUGGCUUUUCCGAUUCUUCCACCCUUAAUACUCCACUCUCCGCUGCAACAAAUCAGUCUGAAUCUCUUACAUCAGAAGAGCUGCGAAAGAGAAGGCAGGCCUAUUUUGAAAAACAGCAGCAGUUGCAUCAGCAAUGCCAGAACCAAGAAUUUCAUGAUGUACCAACUACAAGUUCAAAUGCACUGGGGACCGAUCCAGGAGGUGAUAUGAGAGAAGAAGAUAUGCUUCAAGCAGCCAUGAAUAUGUCCUUAGAAACUGUUAGAAACAGCUUGAAUACAGAAGAAAAGAAAUGACAUAAAUACCUAUUUUUUUCUAUGUAAACACUAAAAUCCUGUAUUAAUCCUGUGUGGAUGGUAAAAAAGGUAGGGUUCAUUUCACUGAUGUACCAAAGCAGGACGUAGCCCUAAAAGGUAUGAGGUUAAAAAUCAAA